AUGGCUGACGAAAUCUUUGACUUUGAAGACGGGUUCGAGGAAGAAGGAGUUGCGAAGAGGCGACAAGAUGACGAGAAGACGGAGGUUUUGGUUACUGAGACCAAUUCGAUUACCCAGAUUGGUGAGACGGAUACAUAUAGCAUGAAGGUGAGUGGCGACAAGGUGUCCAUAAUGCACGAAACACAGGGUACGAAUACGUCUAUGCCUGGUGGUUUGGUGACUCCUCCAGAGAACUUUUCCGCAGUAUGUGGGGACAUCUACAGGUCCUCCUUUCCAAGAACGGAUAAUUUUGAAUUUCUGUCGCGGCUGAAGCUGAAGUCCAUAAUAUGUCUGAUUCCAGAAGACUAUCCCGAGGAAAACAGCUCGUUCAUUCAGGAUCACAACAUCAAGUUCUUCCAGAUAGGCAUGGAGGGAAACAAAGAGCCUUUUGUCAAGAUACAGCCGGAACUGAUUCAGGAAGCACUCAAGAUUGUUUUGAACCCAGAAAACCAACCAAUACUUAUCCAUUGCAACCGUGGAAAACACCGCACAGGCUGUUUGGUGGGAUGUAUACGAAAACUUCAGAAAUGGUCUUUGUCAAUGAUAUUUGACGAAUACAGAAAGUUCUCAUACCCGAAGGAGAGACCUUUGGACCAGCAGUUCAUUGAGAUGUUUAGGGAUGAAGAAACGGAUAGAUAUGCGACUGCCAGGAAUUGGUUACCGUUGAAGUGGUGA